AACACGCCCACUGGGUCGAGCUGGAACUGCAGACGCUGGCAUGGAGGAUGUAGGCAACUCUCCGCUAUUUGUAGUGGAAUAGCGUUAUUGCAGCGCAACUGAGAGAAGUCCAACGCGCAUAAGGACAGGGCUGGGCACAGACAUCAGCGUACAGUUCCAUUGGAUAUAGCAAGUCUCCAUAACAGCCAGCCGAAUAGAGGAGCAAAGAAAGGGAUGACGUAGGGUUGGAGGUGGGAGUGAGUAGCAUCGAGCCGUAGCAGAGCAGAGAUGAGUCUCACGUCAUGGUUCCUGGUGAGCAGCGGGGGCACUCGCCACCGUCUGCCCCGGGAGAUGAUCUUUGUCGGCCGAGACGACUGCGAGCUCAUGCUGCAGUCACGGAGUGUUGACAAGCAGCAUGCAGUCAUCAACUACGAGUUAACCAGCGAUGAGCACAAAGUCAAGGACCUUGGCAGCCUGAACGGGACAUUUGUGAAUGAUGUUCGAAUCCAGGAGCAGAUGUAUAUCACUUUGAAGAUUGAUGACAAGUUAAGGUUUGGAUAUGAUACCAACCUGUUCACGGUGGUGCGAGGCGAGAUGACUGUCCCAGACGAGGCUCUGCAGCAUGAGAAGUUCACCAGCCAGCUCCAGCUGAGUAAGAAGCCCUCCAACUGUGAGCCCACCAAGUCACCUGCCAAAUCUCCUGCCAAGUCCCCUGCUAAGACCCCCAAGUCCUCCAGCUGCAGACCAGUCGAGAGCAAGGCAGCCGAGGGGACCAUGGAGCCAUCAGCCAAACCUGCCGAAUCACACAAGGGAGAUGACAAGAUGGCAGGUGACAUAGCAGCAUUGCACCGGGGAACCCCUCUGUAUGGACAGCCAUCUUGGUGGGGGGAUGGGGACGCAGACGAUGAGAACUCCUUCAAGCAGGAGACCAAGACGUGUGGAAAGAAGCAUGACAGCUCUGCAGCAGACGGCAGAGAGCCUAAGAGGAGUGAGAGGCCUAGGGAGGACGGCCUGGACCCAGAGCCCAGCUACUUUGAGAUCCCCACCAAGGAGGCUCAGAUGGCCGAGGACAGCAUUCAUGAGAUCCCCACCAAAGACACUGAGGGGGCUGCUGCUACCACCAGCGCCAGCCCUCAGGGCCACGCCUCCCCUCACGCCUUCACAAUCGAGUUUGACGACACCUCCCCUGGCAAGGUCACGAUCAAGGACCACGUGUCCAAGCUGACUCCGGACCACCGGCCCCGGCCUAAGAAGGCCUCCCAUUCAGGCAGCAAGGACCUCAGCACCCUGCAGGCCGCCAUGAUGGUCUCUGAGAGCAAGGUGGCUGAUUGGCUGGCCCAGAACGACCCCCCCACGGUGCACAGUGAGUCCACGGAGGACAGCAAGAGCAUCAAGAGUGAUGUCCCUGUCCACUUCAAGAGGCUCAAAGGCAGCAAGCAUGAGGACGGCACCCAGAGCGACUCCGAGAACGGGAUUGGUCUGCGCUUCGGCAACCGGAGGCUGGCUUUGGAGGAGAGGCUGAGGGUGGCGCAGGGAGGACAGGGGGGUCAGGGGGGCCGGACCACCAGCAACAGGACCGCCUUCAUGAUCGAGUUCUACGAUGACGACAACCCCCGCAAGCGACGAUCCUACUCCUUCUCCCAGACUGCACCGCUGCUUGGGGGCGUGGCCGGGGAGGCUCUGUGCCCCACGCCCCCCUCCCACCCUAAGUCCCCCUCUACCACGACCACAGCCACAGACUUCAGCAAGGCCCCGUUAUCAGCGGCACUGAUAGCGGGUGCCCCCACGGCCGCCCGGGUCCUGAUGAAGCAGAGGUCUGAGGACCAGAGCAUAGGAAGGAGCUCGGUCAGUACGGGUCACCAGACCACUGAGCCCAGCCCCAGUGAGGAGGGUCUGAGGAACCCUCGGUCUCAGGGGGACAGGGAGCAGGAGGAUGACCAGAGCGAUAAGGGAACCUACACCAUUGAGCUGGAGAACCGCAACCCUGAGGAGGAGGAGGCCAGGCGCAUGAUAGACAAGGUGUUUGGGGUGGAGCAGAAACAGAAUACGUCUGUCUCAGGACCAGUAGAACACCAACAGGGAGAAGCGGGGAAGGAGAAGAAGGAGAGGAGGAAGACCACAGAGACGGGAGAAACUGCGAAACCAAGCUGCCUUCCAUCUGAGAGUGUGUCUGAGAACCCGGUGGCAGUGGGCAGUAGUCGCUGGGUGUCUCAGUGGGCCAGUCUAUCUGCUAACCACACCAGGACUGACCCAGAAGGGUCUGGGGCUGAGUCACCUGCCUUCGUCCAUCAGCAGAGAGAAGCGGAUGCCUUUGAGUCGGGCGUGUCCAUCCGAAGCGCCAGCUCUGCCACCUCCAGUCUCACCGAGCGCAAACGCAGGACCCUCCCCCAGCUCCCUAUCGACGACCCCCGGGCUAAGCCAGGGAAGAGCUUGUCCGGCCUAGGCCUGCAUCGCUCAGAGAUCGGGGAGAAACAGGACACGGAGCCCCAGGAGAAGAGCCAGGUGGAGCAUAAAGGAGAUGGGGCAUGCUUCACCUCCGUAGAGGAGGGGGAUAUGAUGAAGGGCAAACAGAAACAGACCAAGGCCCCGCUACAGGCCUCCUCCAAGCCCCCUCUCAGACCUAUGAGCAGCAGUGAGAAGAGGUCCGAGGAGAGAAGGAGGUGGGCGGAGGACAGGAUUCAGCACCACAGCAAAGAAGGAGGGGACGGGGGGGAGAAGUCAGGGGGCAAGCCUCUGGUACGCCAGGGCAGUUUCACCAUCGAGAAGCCCAGUGGUGUGGUGCCCAUUGAGCUGAUCCCCCGGAUCAAAUGUGGUGCUGGUGUCCUGGGCCGCGAGCGCAGCGACUCUGUGGGCAGCAUGGACACAGCCACCCUGCUGAAGGACACAGAGGCUGUCAUGGCCUUCCUGGAGGCCAAGCUGAGGGAUGAGAACAAGCUGGACAGAACCAACCGGGCAGGUUCCAUCUCCCCCGAGUCAGACGUGGACACGGCCAGCACCUAUAGCCAGGCAGCAGGGGAGGGAGAGAAGAAAGCAGCCCACCAGAAACGCCGCUCCCUAAGCAGCCUGCACAAGGAGAAGAGCAACCUGAGCUCAACCUCCAAAACCGCUGCCAGCACCAACGCCCGCGAGCGCCUGGAGAGAAAGACCAAAACCAGAACCGAUCCCAGCCGGCCAGAUGUCCGCCGCUCCGUCCAGCCUGCCUCCUCGCGGGCACGCCAACCAUCCCAGGACCUCACGGAUGACGAUCAGACCUCGUCUUUCCCCAUCUCCGACAUCCUCUCCUCUGAUCAGGAGAGUUUGUAUAGUCGCUCGUACGGCCGCAGCCACUUCACCUCUACGGAUGACCUGCUACAUUCAAAACUGGAGGUCAAAUCCAGCAGCAAGACCAGCUCCAGUAAGUCCAGUAAGACCCUCCAGGCCGCCACAGCUUCCUCUCUGGGGAAACAGGCCUCUCUGCCCCAGCCACGGCCUACCAGAACGUCCCUGCUCCGCCGGGCCCGGCUGGGGGACACGUCCGACACGGACCUGCCCGAUGCAGACAGGAUGUCUGUGGCCUCCGAGGUGUCCACCACCAGUUCCACAUCCAAGCCUCCGUCUGGUCGUAAAGGCCCCUCACGGCUGGACAUGCUGGCCCAGCCCAGGAGGACGCGGCUGGGCUCCAUCUCGGCCCGUAGUGACUCAGAGUGUACUGUGGGCCGGAGCAGCACCUCCUCCCCUCGCUUGUCUGCAGAGACCGCCCUGCGUCUGGGACUCCGCUCCUCCACCCCCACCGACAACAAAAUGGCUCCUCGCAUGAGGGCCAACAGUGUGUCCAAGCUGACCGAGGCCAAGUCCAGAAUCAGCCCCUCCGUCCACAGCACUCCCUCAGAGAGCCCUCAGCCUGAGCCUGAGCCUGACCCUUCAGAGGAGGAGCUCAUGGCCUCUAACAGGUGGAGACGGCUGCCCCCAGAGUACGGAUCCACCUCAGAGGAGGAGUUUGGCUCCAACAGGAACUCCCCCAAACCCGGGCGCCCCCUGCGCCCCCACUCGGUCCUGAGGGGUACCAGACUAGGGGGCUCCACCAGCAGCCUUAACUCUGGUCAGGUUGGCCCUGGAGGCGUGGUCCUCAAACACCGCAUGAGAGAGCAGGAGGAGUACAUCAAGGACUGGACUGCUCACAGCGAGGAGAUUGCCAGGUUAUUUCCCUGUGUGCGUAGGAUCAGUCAAGACCUGGCCAAGGACCUGGCCAUCCUCGCCCGGGAGAUCCAUGACGUGGCCGGAGAGAUCGACUCGGUCAGCUCCUCUGGAACGGCUCCCAGCACCACGGUCAGCACCGCAGCCACGACGCCCGGCUCCGCCAUCGAUACCCGCGAAGAGGUAGGCCGCACGCAGGAGGGCAUGCAAAAGCUGGUUGACCGUGUCUUUGACGAGAGCCUCAACUUCAGGAAGAUUCCUCCCAUGGUGCAGAACAAGGCCCCUGAGAUAAACGGACGCCCUGUGGAGCUCCGUCCCCGCGCCCCAGACAGCCUGGACUCCCACUCUGCCCUCCGCAGACGCACAUGGAACAGGGAUGAGGCAGUGGUGGACAGUCUGCUGCUCACAUCUGUCUCUCAGCUGUCAGCUAAAAUCAGACAGUCUGUUGACAAAACAGCAGGAAAAAUACGAAUAUUGUUCAAAGACAAGGACAGGAAUUGGGAUGAGAUUGAGAGCAAACUCCGAUCUGAGAGCGACAUACCACUUCUCAAAACCUCUAACAAGCAGAUCUCCUCUAUCCUCGUGGAGCUGAAGAGAGUGGAGAAGCAGCUACAAGUGAUAAAUGUAAUGGUGGAUCCUGACGGCACCCUGGAUGCCCUGAGCAGCCUUGGCCUGACCAGCCCCCUUACACCCAAGCCCACUCCAGGUUCUCAGGGGCCCCAGGAGGCCCUCCCAGGCCCCACAGCCUCAGCCAGGGGCAACAGCGCCUCCUCAGCCCCCACUGAGGGGUCUGGGUCAGCCAGAGACCUGGGAGGCCUGCAAUUCAACCGCAUCCACCCCAGUGGAGAAGAGAGUGCCAUCCCCCAGAAGUGACAUUCACACCCUCUGCGCAGCUUCAUAUGUAGAACACCCACCUCAAAGAACAACUUCCCCUCUUUCUGAAGUUUUCUGAAUGAAGAUCCACCAUCCUAUAGUCUACUGUAUGUCAGUACCCAACAGGACAGGCCUUAAGCAGGAUUUCUUCCCUUCUCUUUAGACGUACAGUCAUGCACGCAUGACUACGUCACUUUGGGUAAAAGUGUCUGCUAAAUGGCAUAUUAUUUAUUAAUGUCAAUGGACAUGGACAACACCACUAAGUCAAGCAGCUCGCAUCAAUCGAUACACACAGAGGAGUGGCAGUCAGCAAUGUGUGUGGUCGACCUCUAGCCAGGCAUAUUUGCAUUCUGGAGUUUGGUUACCAUCCUCCUCCAUGCAAACUGGCCACAGACACACCCUGUGGUAAAGACAACUUCUAGAGUGCCUCCCCAUCUUUCUUCUUACCCUUCAUACUGGCACCAGCUAAACAGUGAACACUUUGUAUUUGUGUCGCAACAAGUAGCAUUGACAUUUAGUAUCAAGAUCGACUGAGUAGAGCGUUCUCUUUCGGAAAACUUGUUUGUGUCAUCGAAAUUAAUCAUACUAAUUUAGUAGGAGUUGUCGAUUGUAUGAAAACAAUUGCUUUCAGGAAACAAAUGUUCUUCUUAUACUAUAGUAAUUCAAACUUACCAAAGCUAACAGUACAGUUUUUUUUUUAAUGUGAGCCAAGUUUCCUGAAGUGAAAUAAGUGUACUGUGGAGCAAACUCAAGAAAUGUUACGUAUUGUAUUUUGAAUGGCAAUUUAUCUGUUUUGCUGGUAAUAUGUUUUCUAUCUGUUUUCAGCACACAUUUGACUAAUAUACUGAAUUUCAACUUUUCUGAGCAAUUAUGUACCCAGCGAAUCAAAUACAUUAUUAUGGUGAUAUGCAAUUCACACAAAACCAUUUUGAUACGGUUUGAAACGGUUUUAGACUAUAUUACAGUACAGUGCUGCUUGUAUGUAGCCUAAGCCUGGUCCUUGACCUGAGUGACAUAUUUCAUAUGAUUUGCAUUACUUUAUAUGUGGUGUCUUUGCAAACUGGAAGUGGAAACGAAAAUCUGACUAUGACCCUAUUUGUUUCAGCUUGGGCUGUUUUGAAUCAGCCUUAUUUACUGUAACACUUCAUACAGUAACAUGCUCUUUUUCUGGAAUCCAUAACAGUUUACAAGAUGUCCACCCUGAAUGGCCUUGGUUGGAGAAAGCUGUUGGGUCUUCUUUCAAAGGGGCCUCUGUCUGUUUAGUGUUUAUUUACAAGGACCUUACAUAGUUUUUUGAAAUUGUAUCAGACAACAUGACUGCAAAGAGCUUACUGUGAAAGCUUCAUUCGCUGUAACCACUGUCAUUACUUCAUGUAUGAAUGAUGAUCAUAAGUCAUUUGAUUUCUUUAGCCUUUUACUGACAUUGAAUCGCUCACUCUUCUACAUUUCCAUAAGGGAGGAUGUUUUCAUGUACUCAUACGGUAUGUGUGUAUAUACCUAGACCUCCGCAUUGAGUUUGCUGCUUCUCUGUAGUUCCUUUUUGGAGGGUUAGCCUGACCAUUGUACAACCCUUUCCAUGUAAAGUUAUGUGUUGUAGUAUAAAAUAAUUCAAGAUAGUGCAACAGUAUUUAGACACUUAAGCAAUAGUGAAGUUAGGUACCAGAAGACAUGCUCUCCAUCUUUUCUGCUUUGUAUACAGACUUUUGAUGUCACUAAGUGCCCAGUUUGAAUAGUAGAAUGGCAUUUUUUUAAAUUAUGAGUAAUCAUCAAGUAGUGGGCUGAAAUGAUAUAAUUUUGCACAUCGCAGUGUGAGAAAAUAUGAAAUGUGUCAAAGGCUCUUCAAGUGUCACCAUGAGUGGUUUUUGGAUACAAAAGAACAAAACCAAAAACCUAAAUUCAACAACAGAUAUCAGAAUUAGAUGCCUUGCCUCUGUGUAGCUAUUCUCAGUACACUAUCUUAACCAUAACCUUCAUGUUUGUCAGUAUAUGACAUUUAAAAAAAAAAGAAAGCAAUGGGAAAAAUUAAGUGCUCAGUACACUUUUUGAGGGGUUAUUUUGAAAGUUUACACAUUUGUUAUCUUAUCAGUGUUUUACUUUUCUGUUUCAUGUUUUGUAUAAACCACAACUUUAUUUAUUUUGUUGUUCAUUCAAUGUAUUUUAUUGUUGCAAUUCAUGUGUUUUAUGUUUUUUGUUAUUUUACAUAUGUUACUUAUUUUCAAUAAAAUAAAAAGUGUC